AUGAAAAAUUUUACAAAAAUUCCAAAUUUCAAAUUUUUUAUUUUACUAGCUGUUGCCUUGUUAUGUUUCAUUUUACAGAACACACAAAGAUGGGAUGACAUAAAUACAACUGUAGAAUUACAAUUAAGCAAUAGAUGUUUAAGGAACUUGUCUGAAACUUUUGAAGGUGUAUUAAGUGCAGAAUACACAAGAGACACUAUUGAUGUGGAUAAAAAAAAAAAAUUCUUUAUUAAAAGUAACGAAAAUUAUGAUAGGGUAAUAAAAGAAUUAAAAGAAUUGUACAACAUUAAGCAAGAAAAUGAUGAUACAUAUAGUGAAAAUGAAGGUACAAAUACGUAA